AUGAAGGAAAGGAGGUGCAAAUGUAUGCUGGUCCAAGGGAUGCUUCUGACAGCAUGCAGGAUGGUAUUCAUCGGUUCUUUGGAUGUCUCUGGCUUGGGACUGGUUUCCAGCAGCUUACUUAAGGAGCCUGCCAUCUACUCCUUCACGUGUUCUCUGGCCAAGAUGGCUUUCUUAAGCGAAUGGGCUUAUUGGGCUUGA